CUAGGUUAAGGCUUCAACUUGUGUUGGUAUUUAGGUCCAGGAUUCUUUCCGCUUCUUUUCUCACGGGAUAGCCACUAUGGGAUCGGACGACCUAAUCGACUUCGAGAUUAUCGAGAAUCAAAAAGAGAAUAUCCAGUCUCUCCCGAGUGGCCGCUCUGCGAAAGCUCUCGCGCAACUGUACACCCCACCGCUCUCUUCUGGCACCGGGAAGUCGCCGUCGCCAUCGCAAACCCAGGAUCUAAACAAUGGAAUUCGGGAAGAAUACGAAAAGGAACUCCAGGCUAUCGACGAAUCUGAUGAUCCUCUGGAUGUGUACGACCGAUACGUGAAAUGGACGCUGGACGCGUAUCCAUCCGCACAGAACACCCCACAUUCGCAACUCUGUUCGCUACUAGAGCGAGCAACAAAGGCUUUCCAAACCUCGACACACUAUAAGAACGACCCUAGAUAUCUCAAACUGUGGCUACAUUACAUCCGGUUCUUUUCAGAUGCGCCACGAGAGACGUUUGCAUAUCUUGCACGGCAUAACAUCGGCGAUGGGCUCGCUCUCUUCUACGAAGAGUUUGCCGCCUGGUUAGAGACGUCCGGACGAUGGACCCAGGCAGAAGAGGUGUACGCACUUGGCAUUGAGCGCGAAGCCCGCCCAGUAGAACGCCUUGUUCGGAAGUAUGGCGAGUUUCAGCAUCGAUUCGAAAACCGACCUCAAGGUGUCGCGGAGCCGUCCAGCCCGGCUCUGCCCACGGUCCGCCCUGCACUCGUUGCAAAAAUCGAUCCGUUCUCUCAUACCGCAACGCCCCAAAGCGACCCCCAAGCGCAGAAUCAUGCUCGCAUGACUGGUGGAGCCUCGAGGACGGGAAAGCCUAAGCUAGCAAUCUUCUCAGACGGCGAUGAGCCCGCCAAAUCUGGAUCGAGCGGCAGUAUGAAAGGCUGGGAUAGCAUUGAGUCUCUCGCAGAACGGAAGAAGGAGAAUACCACGGAGGCACGUCCUUGGGCUGGGGAGACACUGAAAGUGGGAAAGAAGAAUGCUGGUGUUCAGAAAAUGAUGGUUUUCAAAGACGAGACCGUAUCAAAUUCCCAUCACGACCAAUCAAAUUCCCAUCCAUUACGUGAAAGCCAAAAGUCCGUCGACCCGCGAACUGGAAGAGUUCAAAUCGUCUUUUCAGAUCUAACAAAAGUUUAUCCUAACUUUAAUGACCCAGUGGCCCCAGAGGUCCCAGAAUUUUCCUUCGAAGAGCUUCGAGCCAAACACCGAGGGUGGCUCGACUACGACUGGGGAACUAUCCGAGGGCAAGAGGAGAAGGCGCUCAAAUCGGAUGAUGUCCCGAGAGUAGAGCAACUAGACCAACCUCCAGACCCUAUAUCCAAACCUCAGACAAUACCAGUCAAGGGAGGGAUCGAAGAAAAUUUGGUGUUGAAUGAUGAAAAUACGCCACCUUCGCAAGUUGAACUAGAAAAGGCAAAGAUGGCUAAAAAAGCGCGACGGGAGGAACGUGCAAACCGAACUAGGAAGAUCAAAGUAAUGGAAGUACGGGAAAUUCGAGCAGAGGCUCAGACGGUCCAAACCAAUCUUGCCUCUCCAACAGGGCCAAAAAUAAAACGAAAGAAGAAUGGCGUAGAACCAACGAUGACUCUCCACACUAAGGAAGCCAUUGAUGAAAUUUACGGCAUUUUCAAUCAGCCCCUGAAGACUUCUGGGGAUGCUGCUGAGUCCGAUAGUGGAGAAGAAAGCAGUGAUGACGACUAUACAAGUGCAGGAGAAAGUACCGGUACCGGCAGAAUAUCCUGUGUAACAAGUGAAUUUGGGGACGAAACUACUGCGGCGGAUUUCACUCUCCGAACUACCGUCGAUGGUGACGAGGAUGAAGGCGAAACGGACGACACUGAUGUCAAAAGCGUAUCAGCAUGGUCCGAGUUUACAGAGAGCAAACAUGUUCCCAAGGAUCACAGGCGCACCGAUCAAGAUGACGAAACAGAGCAUACUCAUGAGGAUUCACUCGUGGAGCUAUCAGAGCCAGAUAACCGCUCACCAAAACAUGAUAUCGAUCUCGUAACACCAACAUCACCUGAUAGCCCUCACAGUCCGCCACAAACACGUUUUGUUCCUAUCCCGCCGGAAGACUAUGGCAUCCCUACCCGGCCAUAUCGUGAUCCCACUCAGGCCGCUAACAACCGUCUUCCCUUUAUGACCCCUAUAGUAGAAAAGACGGAAUCCUCUAUUGGAGUCGCAACGUCCCGCACUCAGAAAGACUAUUUCACGGCCAAGACCCCAUCACGCUCGAAAGGUACACCUGCCAUUCUUGAGGAUGACGGUGAGCCGUGGAGUAGCCCCUUCCAACAUGUCCUUGAACAAGUUAUUGAUGGACCUGCGGGUAUAGCACAGCUAUCUCUAUCCGAAGCGAAGAAGCCGAAGGAAGCGCCCCCAGCAUCGAAUUCCUUUCCUUUGUCGAAGGAACCUGUUUCAAAAGGGCCAAUCAUCAAAGACUCGAGAUGUAAUCCAGUAGAUGAGGCCAUCCGGAAGGUCAUAUUGCGAGAAAUACAACCAUCCAUAUUGACAUAUGAAGGAUACAAUGAGGACCUCGGCAAGGAGUAUGGCAGAAGUACACAAAUCCAAAAAUUUACGAAGGCAGUCUCCAAAAUCAGCAAGAACGCCAACGAUAAGACUGCGACAAAUCUGUUGAUGCCUCCAAAUCUCAAGUUUGACGGGACGGACAGAAUUUACUCGGUCAAACGUGUGAUUGGAAAGGGAGCAUUUGCCCCUGUUUACUUGGUUGAGGGCACCUGCGCUGAGAGUGAUGAUGAAGACGCGAAGCCGGCGCAGAUGGGCAAAGGCGACUUUGGCCUUAAGCGUCGACUACUUGAGGCUGUCAAAAUGGAGGAACCACCAUCUGCUUGGGAAUUCUACAUUAUGCGCCAAGCGAAGAGGCGCCUUGGGGUUUCUCGUGCGGUGGACUCCGUGAUUCAUGCAUACGAAAUGCACAUGUUCAGGGAUGAAUGCUUCCUCGUGGAAGAGUACCGAGACCAAGGCACCUUGCUCGACUUGGUCAACAUCGCCCGUGCCGACAAUGGAGUGAUGGAUGAACUACUAGCCAUGUUCUUCACAAUCGAGCUCUUCCGUACCGUAGAAGCCCUCCAUUCUAAGGGCUUGAUACACGGAGAUCUGAAGGCCGACAACGUGCUGGUUCGGUUCGACGCGCUACAGCAAAAUGAAUACUGGAGUCCCCAAUACCAACGAGACGGGAGGGAGGGGUGGGCAGCCAAGGGAAUUGCUCUGAUUGAUUUUGGACGUGGGAUUGAUAUGAGGGCCUUCAAACCUGAUGUCCAAUUUAUUGCAGACUGGGAGACGUCUGAAGCAGACUGCGCAGAGAUGCGUGAGCUACGUCCUUGGACUUAUCAGGUCGACUACCACGGCCUCGCCGGCAUUGUGCAUAGCCUUCUCUUCGGUAAAUACAUUUCGACAAUCGCGGAGCGGGGUGCAGUGUUGGGAGCCGGCGCAACCAAGACCUACCGCAUCCGGGAGAGCAUGAAAAGGUACUGGCAGACAGAUAUCUGGAACGAGGUGCUCGAUCUCCUUCUUAACCCGCUGAUGCAUCUUGAGGGCGAAGAAGGCAAGAAGCUGCCGGUGUCGAAAGGAAUGAAGGCUAUGAGAGAGAAGAUGGAGACGUACCUUGAGAGCAACUGCGACAAGGGUGUUGGAUUAAAGGCAUUAGUUCGGCGUAUGGAGGAUGCGGUGAAGGACAAACGACGAUGAUUGAUGGUAUACCACGGUUCUGGAUUGGGGCUUAUUAUGCAUUGCAAGGAG